CUGAAAAUAAAAUAUGAUCCUCAACUGCGUUUCCCCUCCAGUCAGCAGACGGCGAUGUGCGUCUUUCAGGCGAUGCUGCCAGCGUGACGUAUAAUCUAGUGGACGGUUCUUCAGAAACAGCUCGUCAACAACCUCGGUAGUUUGAUAGCCAACAUAAGCCGAAAGAUUCAAGCUAUUUAUACGCUUUCGGUGUAUAUUAGCUACUGUGUUUUAGACACAGUUCUGUCGUAUCUACUUGUUAACCUAUUUCAUUUAAUAUUAACGUUACAUUAUUUUGUAUUAGUCAGCUAUAGUAGCUGGCUGGUUAAGUUAGCAUUAGCCUAGUCGCUAAUGAUAUCUAGCUAGCUAACAUCCCCGAACAUGAGCUCCCUAAACAUCUCCCCUCCUGUUAAAGAAGAGGAGGUCUGCUGGACGGAAAAAGAAGCUCUGGGACUGAACAUUGUCGUGAAAGAGGAGAAGGAAGAAGAGGAUGUCACAGUAAAACAAGAAGUAGAGGGUGAGGCUGUUUCUGUGAAAAAAGAAGAGAAAGACGUUACAGUGAAAGAAGAGGAAGAGAAAGAGGAGGAUGUAGUUUUUGGAGUGAAGAUGGAAGGGGAGAUUACUGUCACAUUGAAAGAUGAAGAGGUGGAGAUAGGAGAUCUGAUUAACACCAGACAGAGACUGGACUACCGUGGGUCAUCUGGGAAGCCUCAACAACCUCAUGAUGCUGACGAGGCAGAGAAGAGUUUCUACAGAUCAGAACACGUCCAAGAAACACCAGCGGAGAUCCACAGGGAAGGGAACUCACUGCUGCUCUGACUGUGGGAAGAGAUUCACCUCAUCAGGCAUUAAAAUUCAUCAGAGAAUCCACACAGGAGAGAAACCUUACGGCUGUGAUCAAUGUGGGAAGAGUUUUGUUCAAUACAGCCAUCUGAAGAUACACCAGAGAACACACACAGGAGAGAAACCUUUUAGCUGUACUGAAUGUGGUAAGAGUUUUAGUCAUUCAACCAGCCUGAUACUACACCAGAGAACACACACAGGAGAUAAUCCUUAUAGCUGUGAUCAAUGUGGGAAGAGUUUUACUCAGCUAAGCAUCCUGAUAUCACACCAGAGAACACACACAGGCGAGAGACCUUAUAGCUGUUCUCAAUGUGGGAAGAGUUUUACUCAGCUAAGCAACCUGAUUUCACACCAGAGAACACACACAGGAGAGAAACCGUUUAGCUGUGAUGAAUGUGGGAAGAUUUUUACUACAUAUAGAAAUCUGACUCGACACCAGAGAAUACACACAGGAGAGAAACCUUUUAGCUGUACUCACUGUGGGAAGAGUUUUACUCAGCAAAGCAACCUGAUAUCACACCAGAGAACACACACAGGAGAGAAACCCUAUAGCUGUGAUCAAUGUGGGAAGAGUUUUACUCAGCUAAGCAACCUGAUAUCACACCAGAGAACACACACAGGAGAGAAACCCUAUAGCUGUGGUCAAUGUGGGAAGAGUUUUGCUACAUCUGGGCAGCUGACUAUACACCAGAGAACACACACAGGAGAGACAUCCUGUAGCUGAAAUCCAUGUUGGAAGAGUUUUACUCAGUCCAACAGCCUGGUACAACACCAGAGAACACACAUGAUAUCAAUGAAUUACUGUCAAUGUUUUAACAUUGUACUAGGAGUAUUUUAAUCAUGUCACAAUGUAGAAGCCUAAAUGUUUGCCCCCUUAUCAAUUGAUAUCAACAUGAUAUGGAUAUUAGCUUUCGGGGGAAAAAUCCAGGCUCUGAAUUGAAAGUUGUGUUGAGUUGUGUUACACUUACCACGUUGGUGACCCACUGCAGUUUAUAAGGAGCUUGUUUAAAACAUACAAAUAACAUGAUUAUUGUGGCAGAUGUUUAGGUAUAUAGCACAUGUUAUGUUUAGGUUUUCAAUUUAUCCCAAACUGUUUCUGCGUAUUGGUUAUUGAUUUGGACACGUUAACACUGGUUUGACAUCGUGCUUUCCCAUGGAGCAAAAUGUCAUUGAAAAGACGUUCAAAAGAAGACUAUGCCCGACGUCCAAUAUACGUUCGGUUGAAGAUAUGUAUUUUGGGGUUUUUUUUUCAAUGACUUUAAAAUAACUUAAUUUCAACUUACUUGCAGGUAUCCUAGUGGUUAGAGCGUUGGGCUGUCAUUGUAAGCCAGAAUUUGUUCUUAACUGACUUAUUUACAAUGA